AUGGCCGACGCUCCCGCUCCCGUCCGGAUCCCGGCGCGCCGGCAGUACCGCGUGCAACUGCGCUUCGUCACCGAGGAGCAGCUCUUCGCUGCGGGGCCGCUCUCGCUUCCCAACCCGAAGUCUCUGCGGCUGGAGGUGCACCCGGCAGGGGAGGAGGCGGAUGCGACGGUGACUGACGCUGAUGGUGUCUGUGUCUUCAGAUGCUCACUCAACAGAGACACUGAAUAUUGCUGUGUGGGGAAGGAGUCCAUCUUGAUUUUUCUGGGCUACCACAGUGCUUUGCUGAAGUUUGAGUCUCAUGCUGAAUUCAGCGCAUUUUCAAAUACCUUGAAAAGAUGCCGGCGUGAGGAAAAGGAAUACUCAGUGUUCAGCCAGCGGACAGAAGAGGCGUCUGCCGUACAGUACUUCCAGUUUUAUGGCUGCCUUUCCCAGCAGCAGAACAUGAUGCAAGAUUUUGUGAGGACAGCCACUUACCACAGAGCCAUCCUCCAGAACCACACUGACUUUAGAGAUAAGGUUGUUCUGGAUGUUGGCUGUGGAUCAGGAAUACUGUCAUUUUUUGCUGUACAGGCCGGAGCUCGGAGAGUCUAUGCAGUUGAGGCCAGUUCAGUAGCACAAUAUGCUGAGAUGCUAGUGAAAAGUAACCACCUUUCAGACAAGAUCAUUGUUUUGCCAGGGAAAAUUGAAGAAAUCUCACUUCCUGAGGCUGUAGAUGUGAUCAUUUCAGAACCCAUGGGAUACAUGCUGUUCAAUGAAAGGAUGUUGGAAAGUUACCUUCAUUCCAAAAAAUGGCUGAAAGCAAAUGGAAUGAUGUUCCCGACGUUCGGCGACAUCCACCUGGCCCCCUUUUCUGAUGAACAGCUGUACUUGGAACACCACUCCAGAGCCAACUUUUGGUACCAGCAGUGUUUCUACGGGGUUAACCUGUCCAGUCUCCAGGGUGCUGCGGUGGACGAAUACUUCAGACAGCCAAUAGUAGACACAUUUGACAUUAGGAUUUUGAUGGCUCGGACAGUCAAGUACACAGUAAACUUUAUGGAUGCAGAAGAGGCAGAUCUCCACAGAGUAGAAAUUCCGUUUGUGUUUCAGAUUGCGCAGUCUGGCCUCAUCCACGGCCUGGCAUUCUGGUUCGACGUGGCCUUUGUUGGCUCUCUGGUAACAGUUUGGCUGUCAACAGCGCCCACUGAGCCUCUGACUCACUGGUAUCAGGUGCGGUGCCUUCUUCAGACUCCUCUCUUUGCCAAGGAAGGAGAGACCCUCUCAGGGAGAGUGCUGUUUGUGGCCAAUAAACGACAGAGCUAUGACAUUCAGAUCGUGGCGCUGGUAAACCAGACAGGCUUGAGGUCUGGGAACACCCUCGAUUUAAAGAAUCCUUUCUUUAGGUUUGCUUAGAAGAUAGUGACAAGCCAAGCCAUAAGUAAAUGAAGGCCCGAGAAGUCCCUUGACAUGCAAGUUAAUCCUCUAUGUUCACAUGCAUUCUAAAUUUUACAAGGAUGUUUAGGUUUAUUUAAAUUCCUUUUUUCCACCUUAACUUUAAAAUGUGCAUCCUUAUUUGACUGACAAAUCUAUUUCUUGGUGCUUCUUUACCUGGACUGGUCCUUAACAGCUUUCUGCAUGUAGCCGAACAAUGAUU